ACAAGCGAACCAAAAUACGUAAUGACCUUGCCCUAUUCUGGCUCGCUCAUCCUCGCCUUGCAACCCUUCUCCGCCGUCUUCUCCGUCUCCGUCUGCCUCUGCACCGCCGCCGCCCCCUUCUCCGCCGUCUCCUCGCUGAUUUUCGUCUGAUACCUUUUCGAUCGAUCAGGUUCCCCUGGAUUGGUGAUUCAGUAAAUGGCAGAUCAUAGGAAUGGUGGGAACCACCCACCUGCCAGUAAGGGUACCGGUGGAGCUGGAGGUGGGUAUGCAAUCGAUGCCACUACCUUGGUCAGGCGGCUACAGUCUCUUUAUUCUCAUUGGCGGGAACACAGAGAUGAGUUAUGGGGAUCUUCUAAUGCCUUUGCAGUAGCUACCCCGCCUCCUUCUGAUGAUCUUCGCUAUUUGAAGUCUUCAGCUCUGAACAUUUGGUUGCUUGGUUAUGAGUUUCCAGAAACGAUUAUGGUUUUCUCUGACAAGCAGAUGCAUUUCUUAUGCAGCCAGAAGAAGGUAUCCCUACUUGAUGUUGUAAAGAAGUCUGCUAAAGAGGCAGUAGGUGUGGAUGUUGUGAUGCAUGUGAAAGCAAAGAAUGAUGAUGGGGCUACUCAAAUGGAUGCCAUAUUACGUGCCAUUGAAGCUCAAGAAAAAUCAAAUGGAAAUGAUGAUACCCCUGUUCUUGGGUAUAUAGCAAGAGAAGCUCCUGAGGGGAAGCUUUUGGAGAGGUGGACUGAGAAAAUGAAGGACUCAAGCCUUCAGCUUUGUGAUAUAACAAAUGGAUUGGCAGAUCUUUUUGCUGUGAAGGAGGCUGGUGAGAUUACAAAUGUCAAGAAAGCUGCAUAUCUCACUGCUUCUGCAAUGAAGCAGUUUGUUGUUCCAAAGCUUGAGAAGGUAAUUGAUGAGGAGAAGAAAGUAACCCAUUCCUCAUUGAUGGACGAUACUGAAAAGGCUAUUUUGGAGCCAGCUAGAAUCAAGGUGAAACUGAAGGCUGAUAAUGUGGAUAUCUGCUAUCCUCCUAUAUUUCAAAGUGGUGGGAACUUUGAUAUCAGACCUAGUGCUACAAGUAACGAUGAUCAUUUAUACUAUGACUCUGCUAGUGUCAUAAUUUGUGCACUUGGAUCCCGGUAUAAUAGCUACUGUGCGAAUGUUGCUAGGACUUUUCUCAUUGAUUCCAAUGCUACACAGAGCAAGGCUUAUCAGGUUCUUCUUAAGGCCCAUGAGGCUGCUGUUGGUGCAUUAAAACCUGAUAAUAAGGCUAGUGCUGUUUACAAGGCUGCUUAUGCAGUGGUUGAGAAGGAAGCACCUGAAUUUAUUUCUAAUUUGACAAAAUCUGCGGGGACAGGCAUCGGUCUUGAGUUCCGCGAGUCUGGAUUGAGUCUUAAUGAGAAGAAUGAAAGAAUCUUGAAAGCAGGGAUGGUUUUAAAUGUUUCACUUGGUUUUCAGAACAUGCAGACAAAGAGUAGCAAAGCCAAGAGCCAGAAUUACGCGCUAUUGCUUGCUGAUACUGUUAUUAUAACUGCUAAUAGCCAUGAAGUUGUCACUUCAUUAAGCUCUAAAGCUUUUAAAGAUGUUGCCUACUCCUUCAACGAUGGUGAGGAAGAGGAGGACGAAAGGCCACAGGUGAAGGUUGAGGCUAAACGCACAGAGGCUUUGUACUCCAAGGCAACACUCAGGUCAGACAACCAUGAAAUGUCAAAAGAAGAGCUUAGGAGGCAGCAUCAAGCUGAACUCGCGAGACAGAAGAACGAAGAAACUGCUCAACGACUUGCUGGUGGAAAAAAUGCAACAGGAGAUGGUAGAUCUUCUUCAAGAACAUCAAAUGAUCUAAUCGCUUAUAAGACUGUAAACGAUCUUCCUCCUCCUAGAGAUAUGAUGAUUCAGGUAGACCAAAGGAAUGAGGCCAUCCUCAUUCCGUUAUAUGGAAGCAUGGUGCCUUUCCAUGUGGCAACUGUCAAGACUGUCUCCAGCCAGGCUGAUACCAGCCGAAACUGCUAUAUUCGUAUUAUCUUCAAUGUCCCUGGCACACCCUUCUCCUCGCAUGAUCCAAGCUCCAUAAAGAAUCAGGCAGAUAUUUUCCUGAAGGAGGUCUCCUUCCGCUCAAAGGACCCAAGACACAUUAGUGAAGUAGUACAGCAGAUAAAAACACUUAGAAGGAAUGUUGUUUCUAGGGAGUCGGAAAGAGCUGAAAGAGCAUCAUUGGUCACCCAGGAGAAACUUGUGCUUGCAGGGAACAAAUUCAAGCCAAUAAGAUUGACUGAUCUCUGGAUCCGUCCCCCAUUUGGUGGCCGUGGAAGGAAGCUUCCGGGUACUUUAGAAGCUCAUGAUAAUGGGUUCCGAUAUUCGACAUCAAGGUCAGAUGAACGUGUGGAUAUUCUUUUUGGUAACAUUAAGCAUGCCUUCUUUCAGGCAGCAGAGAAGGAAAUGAUCACGCUGCUGCAUUUUCAUCUCCACAACCACAUCAUGGUUGGGAACAAGAAAACAAAAGACGUCCAAUUUUAUGUUGAAGUGAUGGAUGUUGUGCAAACCCUUGGAGGUGGAAAGAGAUCUGCUUAUGACCCAGAUGAGAUUGAGGAAGAACAGAGAGAAAGAGACCGUAAAAACAAGAUCAACAUGGACUUCCAGAAUUUUGUUAAUCGGGUUAAUGAUCUAUGGGGACAGCCGAAAUUCAAGGGGCUUGACCUCGAAUUUGACCAGCCUUUGAGAGAACUUGGCUUUCAUGGGGUCCCUCACAAAGCUUCUGCUUUCAUAGUUCCAACUUCAAGCUGCUUAGUUGAGCUGAUAGAAACUCCAUUUCUUGUUGUCACUUUAAGCGAGAUCGAGAUUGUGAACCUUGAGAGAGUUGGGCUCGGACAGAAGAAUUUUGACAUGGCGAUUGUGUUCAAGGACUUCAAGCGUGACGUGCUUCGAAUCGACUCAAUCCCUUCAACAUCGCUUGAUGGCAUCAAGGAGUGGCUCGACACCACCGACAUUAAAUACUAUGAAAGCAGGCUGAAUAUGAAUUGGCGGGCCAUACUAAAAACAAUCACAGAUGACCCACAAAACUUCAUUGACGAAGGAGGGUGGGAGUUUUUGAAUUUGGAAGCUAGUGACUCAGACUCUGAUAACUCACAGGAAUCUGACCAGGGUUACGAGCCAUCAGAUGUGGAGCCUGAGUCGGAGUCAGAAGACGAGGGUUCCGACAGUGCGUCAUUGGUGGAGUCAGAUGAGGAUGAGGAGGAAGAGGAGGAGGAAGGGUCGGAGGAGGAAGAAGGGAAGACAUGGGAGGAGUUGGAGAGGGAAGCAAGCAACGCGGACAGGGAGCAUGGGGACGAGUCGGACAGCGAGGAGGAGAGGAAACGAAGAAAGAUGAAGGCGUUUGGGAAGUCGCGAGCGGGUGCGAGCAGCAGCGCUCCGAAACGACCGAAGUUCAGGAGGUAAAUCUAUUCUGAGAUUAGAAAUAGUGGGAUUUGUUCUGUUAUUAGGAGUUGGUUGUUUUGGGAAGUUGGAAGGUGCUGCAAUAUUUUGUCUGUUAAAGUAAGGGGAAGAUCGAAUCUGGUAAAGACUUGUUUGGUUUUGAUAUGGUAAUCCAUCAAUAUAUUUGGUGAGAUGAUGAUCUCU